CGUUCAUGCCGUUCUGUUUCUGGAUGUGGCUGCUCCUUGUGGGUGAUACAUAGGGAAACCAGCCUCGCAGGCUCUUUUUUUUUCUGUCUGAACUCUUCUAUUUCUGUCUUCUCAGUGAAUGUUGUGGAAGCCCUUCAGGAGUUCUGGCAGAUGAAGCAGUCUCGUGGAGCUGAUCUGAAAAAUGGAGCCCUUGUGGUGUACGAGAUGGUCCCAUCCAACAGUCCCCCUUAUGUCUGCUACGUCACCUUACCGGGAGGGAGCUGCUUUGGCAGUUUCCAGUUCUGUCCAACCAAAGCUGAAGCCCGAAGGAGCGCUGCGAAGAUUGCGCUAAUGAACUCUGUCUUUAACGAGCAUCCCUCUCGGAGGAUCACAGAUGAGUUCAUUGAGAAGAGCGUUUCGGAGGCCUUGGCAUCUUUCAACGGUAAUCGAGAGGAAGCUGAUAAUCCCAACACGGGGAUUGGUGCGUUCCGCUUCAUGCUGGAAUCCAACAAGGGAAAGUCAAUGCUGGAGUUCCAGGAGCUGAUGACAGUCUUCCAGUUGUUGCAUUGGAACGGCAGCCUCAAAGCCAUGCGAGAGAGGCAGUGCUCGCGGCAGGAAGUACUGGCUCACUACUCCCACCGCGCUCUGGACGAUGACAUAAGGAACCAGAUGGCCAUGGACUGGGUGAACAGGGAGCAGAAUAGCCCAGGGGCCCUUUCCAGAGAGCUGGCUUCAACAGAGAGGGAGCUGGAUGAAGCCCGCCUGGCUGGGAAGGAGCUCCGUUUCCAUAAGGAGAAGAAAGACAUCCUGAUGCUGGCAGCGGGCCAGCUGGGGAGCAUGCACUCCUCCAACUGUUAGACUCUUGUAUGCAAGUCAUUCCACUCCCCCAGGCCUACUAACACCUCCACACUGACGGGAUCCGUCCCAUGUCACUUAACGCAUGUAAUGCCUCUUCCAGAAUUGUGGCCCAUUUGCACAUUUUAAAGAAUUUUUUUUUUAAUGCCUGUACAGAUUUUUAUACUUUUUUUUUUAGUACUUGCUUUUAGAUCUACUCCUCCGCUUCCUAUUUGCUAGAGAAUUCCUUCUGUCACUUUAAAGAGUGCAUUUAAAAAAUGCAGCCUUUCAGUAUUAACACUAAAGACCUCCGCUGUACGUGGGUACUAUAUAAUUGGCAGUAUUACGUGAAAAUGUAGCACUUCUUCAAGAAGCUUCUGUUCUUUGGAGCUGAUGCAUGUUGUGCAGACCUGCUUUUUUAUUCUGCUUCUGUAGCAGGAGGGGUUCUAUCAAAACUCCUUCUUGAUAAGCACAGUAAUAAUAAGCAUUCUUUUUAACUCUACAGUGCAAGCUGCAUUGGGGAAUACUCCAAAGCACGUAAAAGGGGUUUAAAGCUGGGAUUUUGGUUUAGUCAGACUUAAGUCUGGGGAUCAGUGUACAAAAUUCCAGUUCAGUCUCAGGCAGGAUUCACGGUUACCCCUACAACUGUCAGGUGUCUGGAUCUGUUCCUGCUCUGGUCUUUCACUCGUAGGGUAAGACAUAGUUCAUUCCCAAAGUAAACAAUACACCUAAUGGCAAGCUAUAAAACCCUGUGAUACUUAAGGGAUUGGUCUAGCAGUUAAUUAGUCUGCACCAGACAAAUUCUCCUGCUAUGCUCUUUUUCAGUCCUCUUUGGGUUCUUACAGUGUUUCACCCAGUCUAGGAGGAUGGAGAUGCUAAAGGGCUGUCCCAAGCGCUAGCAGUUGGUGGUAGUAUGAAAUGGCCGGUUUACCCAGCUAGAAAUCAAGCCUUGGAGUUGUUUGGCUUCCCCAGCUAACCCGGGGAGAUGAGGGUUUUUGAAAGUCGUGCAAGAAAUAAGAGAUGGACACGCUGUUCUCUCCAGGGUAACUUCCAAACCGAAUGUCAGACUUGGCCUUUUCGAGGAAGAUUUUAAGAGCCUUGCCAGAGUUUCAGACUUAGCGAGCAAUAACAGGGGGGAGCUGUGCAGCCUCUCUCCCUGAAGAGCCUUGUAUAUACAAGUCUUUGUUAACCAGAACUGUAUUUAAUCCUUUGAACCAGAACACAGGCUCUACCCAGCCCCAGCAGCAAAAGCGCAAAUGGGGGGGCUUGGCCUCAACUUUGCAUUGCUUUUACCAGCCAGAGUAAAGGGGUCUUACCCUUGUGCCAAGAGGGACUGUGCUUAAUUUACAGCACGCAGCGCUCUCCACAGCCUAGCUCCCAAGAAAUAGUUGGCAGGGGCAAUUCUUAGGAUUACUGGUGGAUCAGAGAGCUGCUGCUUAGCAGAGGGCUGAGGAGCUCUGCAGGUGUCUUCAGUAGAUCACACAGAGCACACCUUAAUGUUACCCACUGCGAACUUGGUGUGGGAGGAAGGGAAUCACUAGAUUGUAUAAAAUGAAGGUGUGGGCUAUAGGUUUGGCACCUCUGGCCUGUAGCGUUUAUAUAGCGUAGCCUCACACAGCAGAAUGGGAGAGAAAGCGAGUGUAAGAGCUGUGCUUCUCUUGGAGCUGGAGGCUCCCUGCUUUGGAGCUUGCUCCGUUCUUUUCAGUAGUGGUGUUGGAACAAAACACUGCUGAGUUGAGAACUUCUAUAUGCACUAUUUUUUUAAAUGAAUAGUUCCCUGCUCUUUGUAUACAUAUCAGUACUAAAUCUGUAUGAUGUUUAGAUUAAAAAUACUCUUCCUGACACUUGUGUUCCUGUAGCUCAAAUUCACAGUCCGAGAAAGUAGUGAUUUGUUCAAGGUAAUUCCUGUAUCGCUUCCUACUUUUCUAAUAUAUAGCCCAGAAGAGUCAGCAAUGUCUCAGUGGGACUAUAAAUUGAAGACAGACUUCUUUCUUCAACACAGUAUUCAGCUUUGACCUUUCUCUGGUCCUUCCCCCCUCAUACUCCCCCCGCCCCAUGACUAUACUUUGGGUAGAGGUGCAAAGCCUUUGGGAAUCUGACGGGUAGCUUUUGCUAUUGCCAUAGAUGACCACCCCUCAACCCUCUCCUUUCUCUGAAGCAGCCUCUUACUGUGAACGUAGAGGCACGUGGAUAUUCAAGCAAUAGUCUUGUUUUGAAAUGAAGAUCAAGAAAAGUGCGUUAUCUGUAGGCAUUCUAGUUUUGUAUUCUUGUCCUAACAAGCCUAUUUUGUUUUUAUAUAUUUUUUAUAUGCAGCCUUUUUACACAACAGUAUUAAUGUUUAAUGCGUUUAUAAAUGUGAUUGUAAAUGGUGUGGAGUUUUUUUUGUUUGUUUGUUUUUUUUACAGGUUGGUAAUAUCUGGACCUUGUAUUUGGAUUUAAUCACCCGCUCUAGAAAUAGUGUGGAGUCUAACAUCUUCCUAUUAGCACUUCCACACCUGUGUAUAGUGUUACAGUACGUCAUGUGAAAUGGUGAUUUAUCUAACAGCCUGCUCUUGCAAAUAUGGAAACUCUUAAGAAACUUCACUUUUUGAGCAGAUGGUGUAAGCAGCAUCGGCACCCAACCAUACAUCUCCAGGCUUUCAAGUUGCUUGGACCUGCAUCAGUGUUUUCCUCUGCAUUACAGACCGGGGUUUGCCAUCUUAUCCUAGUUACUUCUCACCUCUCUAGCAGCAUGAGAUGGAAAACGUGACCCAAUAGAAAAGCCCCCUGGCAUGAAGAAGUUGUGAGACAUCCAGUUCUUGGCUAAUUUGGAAUCCUUAUGGCCCACUUGGAUUUUGCAAGUUGAAGAAGGUCAUUUAGAGCUGUAAAGAUCAGUGGGCCAGAGCUGGUGCAGUCUUGCCGUAAGAAUCCUGGUGCUCGUUGAGGAAACAUCGUACAGCCCCUUCUCCCUGACUACAGCUGGGUGCAGCAGGGAGUUUGGAUCUAGGAUUGCUUUCAGGCACCCUGUUUGAAUUAAUACUGCCUUCUCCUUUGCAGUACAAGGCCCUGUCAGUUAGAAAUUCCUUUACUUAAACGUACGUAGCAGCACCUUAACAAUCAAACUCCCCCUGGAGACUUCCUUGGGGAGGAGGAGUUCUUGCCGAGCAGCGUCUGUGCCCUACGUGUUAGGACUCUUGGUGUAGCAGAAGUUGCACGAGCUGCUGUUUGCAGUGCUUACGAGUGUUUUGCAUGUAGGGAUCUUAAUGGUUUUAGCAAAGCUUGUCUCCGUAACUCUCCUCUGUCCUGCAGCGCUGAACUGUACACAAGCUGUUUCAGAUGCCUUACUACUGCCAGCAGCUGUUCUUAAACGAAUCUAGGAGGAUUAUGUUGUUUCCACUGUCAAGGCCCAAGUCUGCAAAAUGGGACGUCCUGGCAGAAGGGAAGGUACAAUGAAAACCUGAUACACCAGUACUUUUGUUUUGGCAAAACCGAGGCUGGUUUUUAGUCCCCUGAUCUACUUGCAGGGUGAUAAUGCCCCUGCCCUAGGGACGAGGAAAGCUUUCUGGGCUUUCUUACUUCAGCUACUUGUCCCAUCUUUCCUGCGGAAGCCAUCGAGCUUGUUUUAAGUAGUUGUGGCUGCAGAGCCUGCCUCGUACUGAACGAAACCAGCUAAGCCUCUGUCAUCUGAACGUACCCAUACACGAAGCCUGCAUAGUUGGUGGGUGUCACUGCCUUCCCCCUUCUUUUGGGGGUUAGAACAACACUAAGCCUAGGCAGGCGUCUGGGCAGUUUUAUAUUAAAUAGCAGCAAGUGUAUAAAACUGUUUUCUUUUGUUCCAAUUACAACUUUAUACUCUCGAAACGUUGUUUUCCCAAAUCCCGAGGGAGGGGGUAGGGGGACUGGCCUUCAAUCUAACCCGAGGCAGCAGCAGCAGGAUUAACAUCCUGGCUUUUUCAGUGUCCAAAAUCUUGUUGUCUUCCUUCUUCAUGCUAUAGGGUUAAAUCCAAAGCUAAAAUGAUAAAUCACCUUUCACGUGCCGUCCCUGCCUUUUUCCAUGUAUGUCAUAACUUUCAGUACAUCAUUGCAUUUUGUAUGUAUAAUUUUAUACAAUAAAGCUAUAGAUUUUUGGGGUA